AUGUCCAUGCAAUUGAUCAACGAGUUUUACAAUAGAGUUGAGCAUCAGUUUGAUAUGAUGUGUCUUGAAAUGCCUCAUCUGUUCAUCAAGGAGGGCCUGAAGGGUCUCACUGAGAACGACAUGACCAACUUGGUUGAGGAUUACAAGAAGUGGAUUGCACACAAACUAGUGGAUAUGGAUCCCCAUGAUGGAGAUGACUGCUUUGGCGUCCCCAACGUAACCUUCGACUCCCACGAAGUACCACGAAACGCUUACGGUUACGAAUCAGAACAUGGACUGAGAUUCAUGGAUUUCGGGUCCAGCAUGGGUGAAGGCCUAAUCCAGAUGAUCUUCGAUCGCUUCCACGGGGGAGAUGCAAAAUACUUCAAGCGGUAUCACAGAGUGGUUUGCAUUAGAAGGUGCAGUAACGUCCAGGAAUGUAGCUAUAUCAGGAAGAUGGUUGAGGAAAGGGAGAAACUGGAGGCAGAAAUGAUGGACCUUAUUGCGCAGCAGAUUAGAUUUAAACAAAAUCCACACAACGCGGAUGAAGAGGACUUAGUCGUUCAUGACGAAGAUGACGUCGGACCUGAACCGGAAGAAAAUCCUGAAGAUGACGGCGGAUCUGAACCUGAGGAAGAUCCAGAAGGAGAUGACGUUGGACCUGAACCUGAAGAAGUUCCUGAAAAAGACGACGUCGAACCUGAACCUGAGGAAGUUCCUGAAGUAGAUGACGUCGGAUUUCAACCUGAGGAAGACCCGAAAGGAGAUGUCGUCGGACCUGAUCCUGCAGAAGUUCCUGAAAUAAAUGACGUCGGAUCUGAACCUGAGAAAGAUCCGGAAGGAGAUGACGUUGGACCUGAACCUGAAGAAGUUCCUGAAAAAGACGAUGUCGAACCUGAAUCUGAGGAAAUUCCUGAAGGAGAUGACGGCGGAUCUCAACCUGAGGAAGAUCCGGAAAGAGAUGACGUCGGACCUGAACCUGCAGAAGUUUCUGAAGAAUAUGACGUCAGAUCUGAACAUGAGGAAUAUCCGGAAGAAGAUGACGUCGAACCUGAACCUCAGGAAGAUCCUGAAAGAGAUGACAUCAGGUCUGAAUCAGAAGUGGUUCCUGAAGAAGAUGAAAUCGGGCCUGUAUCCGAAGAAGUUCCGGAAGAAGAUGACGUCGAACCUGUACCAGAGGAAGAUCCGGAAGAAGAUGACAUCGAACCUGAACCUCAAGAAGAUCCGGAAAAUGACAUCGAGUCUGAAUCAGAAGAAGUUCCGGAAGAAAAUGACAUCGGGUCUGAACCCGAAGAAGUUCCGGAAGAAGAUGACGCCGACCCUGAAGCUGAGGAAGAUCCUGAAGGAGAUGACAUCGAGUCUGAAUCUGAAGAAGUUCCGGAAGAAGAUGACUCCGAUUCUGAACCAGAAGAUCUUUCUGACAAAGAGGAGGAUGUUUCUCUGAAUUUGCCAUCAACAAACAACCCAAAACGAAUGAAACUGUCUUCAGAUUGA